CUGCUCUAACCAGAUACAGCGGUCGUCGUGGGUCGUUUAUUCCGGCGGCGGAAUAAGAACCCUAGUGGCUUCGGAAGCACGAUCUAUUGUCAUCUUCGCCGGCGAAUAAGAAGUGUAAUCACCGGUGUUCACUGCUCUAGCCAGAUACAGCGGUCGUCGUGGGUCGUUUAUUCCGGCGGCGGAAUAAGAACCCUAGUGGCUUCGGUGGUGGUUGAUUUUCGGAUUCGGCGCCGGUGUUCUUGAAGCCCUCGCCAUUGUUACACCCUUUGAGGAAUGGCAUCUUCAAGCAAUAGCAUCAAAUAUCCUCCUCUACUUUAUGAAGAAGGGAAAUCGCCUCUCCAACAUAGGAGCAUGAACCACAAUUGUUUUGUGUCCAAAAUUGGAAUUUUGAGAGAAGGAUUAGGGAUGGACGUGUGGGAUAAACUCAAGGACUCAUCUCUUGGAGUGUUUAUAAAGUUUGCUGAAUUGGAAUACACCUGGGCUGCGCAGAGAGUUCACUUUCUACUCACACAUCAGCUGAGAAUCAACAACAUUCAUGAGGUUUGGUCUUUGAUCGAUAAUAGGCCAAUUAGAUUUUCUUUAAAUGAGUUUGCAGAGAUAACAAGGUUAAAUUGUGAUGCAUUUGACCUUUUAGAGAACUUUGAUGUUGAUCACCAUGAUUUCUGGAAAGAAAUGAAAAUACCAACAACCUUUGAUGAUCCUAUAUGGAGUGAGUUGGUAAAGGUUAUUGAUUCUAGCAAAACAUGGCAUCUUGAUAAGAGGAUGAUGGUUGGUAGGUUAUGUUUGUUGUCAGUAUGCGUACAUGGAAUUCAUCAUACAUCUAGAAUCCCGUUGGCAACCGCUAAGAGAGUUUUAGAUCCAGUUGCUUUUGAAAAACAUCCAUGGGGUCGGGUUGCUUUUAGUAGUCUAGUGAAUUCUGUGAAGAUGGUUGACUAUGACAGAGAUUCAUACACCAUACACGGGUGUGUUCAUGCUUUGUUAAUUUGGUUGUAUGAGAGUGUUACUGGAAUAGGAGAAAGUUAUGGGGUUAGAAGGAUAGAAACCACUGGUGUUCCACUUCUUGAUUGGCGAUCAUCUCGAAAACGUAUCAACUUCACAAACUUCAUCCAAAACGAGAAGAAGUUGCAUGGACAGGUUCGUGUUAGGCAUAUGGUUCAUGUUUCAGAGGAAAACAUGUAUCCUCUAUGGUCUGACACAGAUGAGCAUACGGAUCUACACCUAGACGAGCUACUUAAAGAUCUCAUUCAUAACCGUUUGUCUCUAGAUGCUUGGAGUUGUGUCAAAACAGUUGGUAUAAGUUCAAAAAAGAAGAAAAGAAGUGCUGAAGCUGAUAAGGUAAAUGACAACAGAGGGUGCAAUCCUAAGAAAAAAAGAUUGACAGAUAUUGAUCCUAAAUGUGAACAAGGAGAAAAUGUAACCAACAUGGAGGAUGGUAAGGAUGACAAGUCAAUUUCUUUGGAUAUUUGGAGGGCGAUUGAGAAAAUGAAUGAGACUAUUUCUGACUUGGGCAAAACACUCAACAGUCGAAUAGAUGCUUUGGAGAGUAAAUUUGAAACAUUCGUUGAAAAAAAAAUGACGGUGUUCAAAGAGGAGAUGGGUGAGAGGAUUAAAGCAUUGGAGAAAGAAAGAAAAGAGCCAAAAGACGCUGAUGUACGGAAUGAUGCCACUUCGCACACCAUUAACGAUGAUGAGGGAACAAGUAAAGCACCUUCAUGGAUUGUUGAGAUGAAGCAGACAUCACAAGAUGAAUUUCCAGUUCAAAGGGUGGUGAGGAAGGAAUUUGUGAAGGUUGGGAAGAAGGAAACUUCCAAGAAAAAGAAGAUUAUUGGUCUUGAUUCUGACGAUGUUGAGAAUAUCACUACCCAAGUUCAGAAAGCUAAAUUGAAAAUAGCUUCCAGUUCUGAAGAUACAUGGUCCAACAAGGAGGAUCAGUUGGUACAUAAAAAACUUGAGGUGACAUUAAACCGCCUUGGAGAGGCUUUGACGAAGUUGGAUGGACCUGGACCUUCGAAGACCUCUAGACGCGUGCCCCAGUUGGCAGAAUCGCAGAAGUAUCCUUACCUUGGUAACUCGACAGUCAAGCGGAUCAUUACAGAGGGUGAUAAUGUGUUAGGCGAUCAUCUUAAGCCUGUAGAUGAUGAGAAACAUCAGAGACUUCUGGAUUUUCUCAAGCGCUCUGUUACAGAACAUGUAUGUGCUGAAAUAAACACACGGACCUCAAACUUUGGAAAGUGA